GGACGGUCCCUUGGCCCUCGGAGAGCUGGAGCGGCAGCGCGCAGCCGCUCAGUCGGUGCAGCGCAACAACAUCCCCGCGUGAAUGACGGGCAGCGGACCGAGGCAGGAGACUGUUCACCGCUUCACAGGAGCCGCAUCGCUCCCUUUCAGCUGGAUUCAUAAAGCCUCACCUCUCUGCUUAUAGAUCCGCGUCCUGCAGCCACCGGAGCAGGACAUGUCUCCGUGAUGUUCCAGCCUCCAUCUUCACUGCGAGAAGAACCAUGAAGAGAUGACCGGGUAGUAGAGGUGACAGCAGAGGAGCUGACAGUAAAUGAGAGGCCGUCACCAUGCCCCCGGGGAAGUAUGGGAUGCAGGAGGAAUGGGAGAAGGAGGACCAGCAGAUCACCAUGGACUUCCUGCUGCCUACUGGGAUCUUCCUCAAAUUCCCCGUGUCUCGAAACGACACCAUCAAAAGCAUCAAAAAGAUGGUUUGGAAAAAUGCCAGAAGCGAGGCCCUGUAUAGCGCACUGGGCGAUCCUGACGGCUACGUCUUCACCUGCAUCAACCACACGGCAGAAAGGGAGGAACUGGAGGAAGAGUCGAGGCGUCUGAGCGACGUGCGGCCCUUCAUGUGCGUCCUGAAGCUGGUGGCGAGGGAAGGCGACCGAGUGGAGAAGCUCACCAACACCCAGAUCAGCCAGCUGAUCGGCAAAGGUCUGCAUGAGUUCGAAGCCCAGAAGAACCACGAGGUGAACGAGUUUCGGACCAAAAUGCGCACGUUCUGCGAGGAGAAGGCUCAGGAGCGGGAGAGUUUACCGUGGCAGCAGUGGAUGGAGUUCAGCUUCCCGUGUGAACUGGAGCCGUGCUGCUCACCGCCACACAGCUCCGCCGUGAAGUCGAAAAACUGCAAAAAGUUCUUCAUCCAAAUCAAGUUUGAGUCCUGUCAGGAAAGCUUCAUGCUGCAGCAGGACCCUCAGGACCUCCCGGUGGCCCUCAUGAAGAGCGCCCUGAAGAAGAAGGCCACCGUGUUUCGCUCUGUGAGGCAGGAGCCUGAGGACUACACCCUGCAGGUCAACGGGAGGUGGGAGUUCAUCUACGGGAAACACCCGCUGUGCCAGUUCAAAUACAUUUUCUCGUGUCUGAGAAAUGGUCAGAACCCUCAUCUCACCAUGAUCCACCACUCCACCAUCGUCAAAUACCAGGAGGAGCAGAGCAAAGUGUGCAGCCAGGUGUCCAAGAGUCGCUCCCUGUCCAGACCUCCUCCUCUGCCCCUGAAGAAGCAGAACACCUCGUCUCUCUGGUCCAUCAAUGAGCCCUUCUACAUUCACCUGCUGCAGGGCAGCCGAGUCAAUGCAGACGAAGGAAUGAAGCUCGUGGUGCAGGCCGGCCUCUUCCACGGCAGCGAACUGCUCUGCAAGGUGGUGACGAGCUCCGAGGUGACGGUUUGCUCCGAGCCGCUGUGGGAUCAGAAGCUGGAGUUUGACAUCAACGUGGCCGACCUGCCCCGCAUGAGCCGCCUGUGCUUCGCCCUCUACGCUGUCAUCGAGAAGGCCAAGAAACCCCGCGGCACCAAGAAGAAGAAUAAGAAAGCGGAUUGUCCGAUAGCCUGGGUGAACACCAUGGUGUUCGACUACAAGGACCAGCUGAAGACUGGGGAGUUCCUCCUGUCCACAUGGCCAUCUGUUCCCGAUGACAAAAGUGACCUGCUGAACCCGAUGGGAACAGUGGAGAAGAACCCCAACAUCGACAGUGCUGCCGGGCUUCUCAUUCGCUUCCCCAACAUCCGCCCACACCCUCUCUACUACCCUCCACUUGACAAGAUAAGUGACAUGGAGAAGAAUGGUGAUGUAGUUUACACCACUAAAGACGAGUUCAUGAAGCUGAAAGAAAUCAUGGACAACAAAAACUCCCCUGACUUCUUUGAGGAUGAGAAAGAGCUCCUGUGGAAACUUCGAACCGAAGUCCGAGACCGAUAUCCUGAAAGUUUGUCCAAGCUGCUCCUCAUCACCAAGUGGAACAAGCGAGAAGAUGUAGUUCAGAUGGUGAGUUUGCUGAGACAUUGGCCGGACCUUCCUGCCAUCUCCGCCUUGGAGCUCUUAGACUACAGUUUUCCCGACCCGGCGGUCCGUUCUUUCACCAUCAGAUGCCUCAAGAAGCUCAGAGAUGAUGAACUCCUCCAGUAUUUAAUCCAGCUGGUCCAGGUCCUGAAGUACGAGUCCUACCUGGACUGUGACCUCACCACUUUCCUGUUAGAGAGAGCUCUGUCCAACAGGAGGAUAGGACACUUUCUGUUUUGGUAUCUCAGGUCGGAGAUUCACGUGGCGUCUGUGAGUUUGCGUUUUGGCCUGAUUCUCGAGGCGUACUGCAGAGGAGACAUCCACCACAUCAAGCUCCUGACGAAACAGAAUGAAGCUCUGGGCAAGAUGAAGGCCCUGAGUGACAUCGUGAAGUCGGGCUCCCAGAAGAUGACGGUGGACGACCUGAAGCUGUGCAUUCGACAGGAGUCCUACCUGGACGCCCUGUCAGACCUGUACUCGCCACUCAACCCCAGCAUCUUCCUCGCUGACAUCUGUGUAGAAAAGUGCAGAUUUAUGGACUCUAAGAUGAAACCUCUCUGGCUGAUGUAUCUCAACCCUUGCAUUCAAGGAGACAUGAUCGGCAUCAUCUUCAAAAACGGCGAUGACCUUCGACAAGACAUGUUGACCCUGCAGAUGAUCCAGCUCAUGGAGAAUUUGUGGAAGACAGAAGGCCUGGAUCUCAGGAUGAGCCCGUAUGGCUGCUUGUCCACUGGGAACAAAAUGGGACUCAUCGAGGUGGUGAAGAACUCCGACACCAUCGCCAACAUCCAGCUGAACAGCAGUAACAGUGCUGCCACCGCUGCCUUCAACAAGGAUGCUUUGCUCAACUGGCUCAAGUCUAAGAACCCUGAGGACAAGCUUGAGCAGGCAAUUGAGGAGUUCACGCUGUCCUGUGCUGGCUACUGUGUAGCUACUUAUGUCUUGGGCAUUGGAGAUCGUCACAACGACAAUAUCAUGAUCAGGGAAACUGGGCAGCUGUUCCACAUUGACUUUGGGCAUUUCCUUGGCAACUUCAAGCGGAAACUUGGGAUCAACAGGGAGCGUGUGCCUUUUAUCCUGACAUAUGACUUCGUCCACGUGAUCCAGCAAGGAAAGACGAACAACAGUGAGAAGUUUGAGAGGUUCAGGGAAUACUGUGAACGGGCCUAUAAGAUCCUGUGUCGGAACGGGACUCUGUUCGUCAACCUCUUCGCUAUGAUGAAGGCAGCGGGGCUACCGGAGCUCACAUCCUUCAAAGAUAUCCAGUAUCUAAAGGACUCUUUAGCUUUGGGCAAAUCAGAGGAUGAAGCACUGAAGAACUUCAAAGUAAAGUUCAAUGAAGCUUUGCGGGAGAGCUGGAAGACCAAGGUCAACUGGAUGAUGCACUCCUUGGCCAAAGAUAACAGACCAUGAAGAACACUGAACCAUUGAAACCUGAGGACCAGCCAAAAUAUUCAGAGAUUUUAACUUAUAGACAUUAUAAAGGGAAGAACAUAUAGCCUAUUAUUUUGCAUUAUGAAUAGCAUUCAAAGACAGACAUUUGCAAAUGUUUACAUCUCACCGGCCUGUCUGUCAUGAGCAACAACUAAGCAGAGGCAUUCAAAGACAAUGAGAUAAUCAUGGAGCGUUCGUUCAACGUGAAGGAAAUCCAUCACACUCAUCUUUCACCCGUCUUUCAGUGGAAUGUCUUCGCCUUUGGUACGUAUCAACCCCCGAUAGUCAACGUGUUUUUGAUUUGUUGAAAUCGCUACUUGAAAAAUCGCCCGCUCACGCAAAGUGUCAUGAAUCACCGAAACAGAAAGUUCAUCUUGCCGGCUGCAUUACUCAGCAGAGAGAAAGCUCCAAAUAAACUUUAUAACGACUUUAGACGACACGCGAAGUACAACAGCAGGGCGGCAGUUUCACCUCAAGACUUCAGUACCGUUUACAACCCUUGAUUGCUGUGUCAUUUCCCCUCAUUUGAACUGCCUCCUUACAAUCAUGUCUUGUUUUAUUUUCAUUUUUAUUGUAUUUUUAUUUAAUUUGGUAAUUUUAAAGUAAGAUGUAAAAGACUUAGUGUCGUGUUUCACUGCUGUGACAUUUUAGUGUAAUGUUGCCUUGAAGUACAAUAUGUUGCCUUUGGAGUGCCAAUACACAUGAAGCAUUGUAAUAUUUACAGUUUAUCGUAAGAGGAGAAAAUAUAAGGAGGUUUUAUUUUGAUUACGUGCCUGAGUGCCAGUGUGUGAUGUACACCAGACCCUUACUAAGCAGCGACUACACAUUAAAGGAACGAUCUGCCAUUUUAGGGAAUACAUUUAGUUGCUUUUUAGCCUAAAUGACAGGGUGAGUACCACUUUCAUGUCUGUCGAUGAUACUGGAGCCAACAUUUAGCUUUGCUUAGCACACAGAUUGGAAACAGUUGGAACCAGCUAACCUGAAUCUGCCAAAAGUCAGAGUCAAUCAGCUUAAUAACACCCCAAAAUAUGACAUGUUAAUUAAUAAACCUUAGAAUGUUUUGCUGUUUAGACAGAGCCUGGCUACUUUAUUUAUGUGAAGCUAAGCAGAUGCCUCUUGGCUCCGGCUACAUAUUUAACAGACUCUAUGUGAGUGGUAUUGAUUUUUGAUUUUUAAAAUGUUUAAACUAUUCCUUUAAUGACUUCCACUGGCAACUGGAGAAAGAAAUGAUCUCAUGCACUAUAGCCAGAGAUGCCACACAUGUCGGGUCAAAGGGGGAGAGACAGAAUAUUGAUUACACACAGUCAGUAAAUGAGACAAUCUGUGGACUCAUUUAAGCCAUAGACCCUUUGGUUGUGUUUCUCAGAGUGUGGUACUGUUCACAUGACUCUCAUGGAAAUGUAAAUCAUCUCAGAAGAUGCAGUAUGUGUGUUUGUGUGUACGCAUAUGUGUGUGUAUGUGUCCUCUGAUAUUUAAGUUAUGCACUCUGUCAUAAAUUGCAUUGUUUUAAGGGAUGCGCCUGGUGCCAUGAAAGAGAUUUCAUGCUUGUAGUGUCAAACACCUCCUUACGUUGACAUAUCUAACGCUGUUUGUCAGUUAAAGUGAGCCAAUAUUCUGUCAUUGUGUGGUGCGUUGGGAUUACUUCACAUGCUAUACAUCCUGCUGUCACUCCUGCGAGGACCACUUGAAUGAAAGCAGAUGACAUGCCUGUCAUGGCCUCUUUUAUUGUGCAGAACAGUCAGAAUGGCCUCUACUCUUUGUGUGCAUCUCGGUACAAUGAUGACUUACAGAAGAGCUAGUGUAGCUGUAGAUUACACAGCACGAACAUUUAAAUAUCUUAAGCUACUGAAAUAUUCACUGUGGAAUAGACUUUAAAUGUGGGUCAUCAACGUCCCCAGAUACGGGCUCCACUACACACCGCUGAAGAAUCUUCUUUUGCAAAUUGUAAAGAAUACUGCUGUUGUAUUUUGAAUUUGUGACUUUUAUCUAAUGGUACACAUCCUUAAAGGCUCAGGCCUGACGUUCAUGUGUGCAGCUAAAGCAGACAAACUGUCCUGUCAACACAGCAGACCUGUCCUUUACUUGCACUCUUUUUUUUUUUUUUUACAUUUUGUUUCUGUUACUGUCGGGAGGGAAAACAUAUGCUCAGUAAAGCAGUGUGCAACGGGGGAGCUCACUGUGGCUUUCUAGGAUGCAGGCCAUUUGUUAGCUUAAUGUUCUGCCUAAUUUUUUUGCAGCUUAAAAUAGGCUGAUUAAUUGGAUGAAGGCCAGAGCCAUCAAAGCCACUCCUACUCUCUAUUUCCCCCCGAGUUUCCCCCGCUAUUACAGAGCGGAGGCCUUCUGUACGGGUCUGUGGGUGAUCACACUGUGGAGUUUUCAGAAUAUAUCUGUCUGUGGUGCAAAAAUAAGUUAUUAAUUUGAUGUAUUCAUCAGCGCAGAAUGGUCCUAUCAGGGCCGGUCUUGUUUUUAAUAAACACACUCAGUGCAGCUUCCAUA